AUGCAACUGAUGUCAACCUGCAACCGGCCUGUCACGGCCUCACUUGAGACUUCCGCGCUGCGAAAGCGCGCAGGGGCCCCACAGCGGCUUCCCAGGGCGCCGGCGGUGCGGGCGGCCGCGACCCUUGCGGCAGACGAGCAAGCAGCGGUGAGCCUGGGCUUCGUCUGCGAGCACCCCAGCCAGCUGCAGGCCAGCAACCUCGUGCCUGCGCUGCAGACGGUGUUGCUCAGCCUGCACCAGCGGCCCAGCAGCAGGGGGUGGGAGCGUGCGGUGCUUGCCUCGCCGCUGCUGGUGGGCCUGCUCAGCUGGGCCACGCAGCUGCUGGAGCAGACGGCGGCGGCGGCGGCGCUGGGCCCCGAGGCCCCCCUGCUGGUGCUGGAGGCGCUGAGCCACCUGGGCAGCGCCAGCACCGCGCUGGAGCCCAACGGCGCCGCCACGCGCCAGGCGCAGCACUGCCGCCGCCUGUGGCGUCACGCCCACGCCUGCCUGGGCGACGCCGCCGACGAGGCGGGUGUGUGGACCCUGCUCAACCGCGACCUCAUGACGCCCGACAUGAUUGUGCGCUACUACGAGGCCUGCGCACGCGGCGCCCUGCUGGCCGGCACGCCCACCAAGAGCCGCGGGCUGGGCCUGCUGCUCAGGAGCCACCUGCACAACAAGCGCUUCACAACCGACGAGUGCGUGCGCCUGCUUACGGCCUGGGCGCAGCUGCGCCGCCGCAUGCCCUUCAACCCAGACUCCUAUAACUUUGCUGACCUGUCCGCCUGCCUGGCGGCCAGCGCGGGGCAGCUGAAUGUGGCGCAGCUGCAGCUGGUGGCGGCUGCCGCCCCCGCCUUCCAGUGGCCCGUGUACCGCAGCAUGCCGCUGCUGCACGCCGUGUGCCGCGAGGCGGUGCACAGGUCCAUGGCCGGCACCAUGCAGCUGCCCGCGGCGCAGCGCACGCUGGCGGCGGCGGUCAAGGGGGUGGCGGCCAUGCACCCGCGCCUGGCGCAUGACCUGCAGGCAGCCACCUGCGAGUGGAUGAGGGACGCCCCCACCGCCGCACCCGCCGCACCCACCGCCGCGGCGCCGGCCGCAGCAGCGCCGGUCCCCGCCGAGGCGCCAGACUGCGGCAACAACGCUGUGGCCCUGCCGUGCGUCGGCCCCACGCUGUCCCCGCUGGUGGGCACCACCCACGCAUGA